AAAAAAAAAAUUGUGCACAACGUUUGAGAGAAAUAAGCUUUUUGUGCGUAUGAAAAAAUUUGAUAUUUUACUUCAGCUUUGUGUUUAUAUUUAUGUUCAGUAUAGUUGCAAGUCCGACUUUUUUUAUAGCCAUAAUGCAACACAUUUGAAAAGCGGUGGAACAACGUUUGUCAGCUUCUUCACAAAAAGUGAUCCGCUGGAAUUCGCCCAUUGACUUCUCUUGCAACGUUCAAGUGUUAUUCAGAACUAGGAAACUCAGAAAUGUCCGACUUGCUAACCUGUUGUAUUUUACCGUGACGCGUUUAAUGAAUGAACAAAUCAGACAUCUAGUUUCCUAGAUCCGACUAGCACUUGAAACGCGGAAUCAACCCCCAUAUCCAGGCCUGGUCUGUUUCAUCUGAUUUCUCAGCGUGCCCGGUAGUCUCGCGAUGUUACGCGUCUGGGUUUAGAAACUAUCCUCUUUUUAAGUGGAAAGCGAAAAUAAAGUCCGACAUUUUGAAAAGGUGGGAGGUAAGAGAGCUGGUAGGUUAGUAGUGUUGUGAGUGGGGUAUUAUAACUUUCUAAAUGUACUUGCCUAUAUAGUUUUGGGAUCAUUUUCAAAUGCGCACCCAAUAGGCGUUGUUUACAUUCUGUACAGGAAGUCGAUAUGCCAGUGUCACAACUCGCCUGGAGAUUCGGGAUUUGAGCCUAUCGGGGGAACCGAAAUGGACUCGGAUUCAGAAGUGGAGGGGAUCCUACAGGGGAGCCGUAACCAGGAGAGACCUCCCUCUAGCUAUGGCUCCAUGAAGAGUGAUGAAGAGGAUGAAGAGGACGAGAACAUCACUGAGGCUCAGCGCUCAGUUGGCAAAUCGAUACUACACACCUUCACUACAUAUACAGGGGUCCUGCUGAACCGCAACGUGUCUCCAGAGACAGUCUUCACUGAGAUCACACACCAGCAGUCUGUCAGCAAGCACCCCCAGGAGAGAACCUUCAUCACAGAGAGAUGUGAGGAGGAGGAAAAAAGGGAUGAGAGCAGCCCCAUCCAGGUAGACUCCCCUGAGCCCCCGCCCCCCGUCGAGCAUGAGGACGAAUCGCAGGAAGAGGGUGAUGACGAGCAGCAGCCAGGCAAGCUGCACCCUGAAUUCGACCUGCCCUACAUAUUCAAAUCCAUGCAGAGUUCUCUGACAUCCCUGGGUGGUCCUGAGUUACACCUGUUUAAGCGCUAUCUAUGUGGGCGCCACCCCUCCUUCACCAUGGCUGACCUGGAGGACAGCGAUACGCUGGACAUAGUGGAUAAGAUGCUGGAGCGUUUCGGUAAACUGCAAGGCCUGCGGGAGGCGAUCCGCAUGCUGGAGAGCAUGAAGAAACCUGAGCUGGCCCAGGAACUGGAGAAGAAGUGCAAGAGAGCUGUGAUCCAGUAUGAGUUGAAGUGUGGUCUGAUCCGGAGACACAACUGUAUCUUUGAGGGUGUACCCCGGGCGGGCCAUCAUCUAUACCUGAAGUACGUCUACGUUGAACCCCAAAUCUCCACCCAAGGUCACGGCGGGGUCAAUCCGUUGCACGAGGUCCGGUCCGACCCCCCCAACCCGCCCCAGGUUGCCUCCCCAGACAGCAUGAUUGGUGGGAAUAACAUUUUCCGUCUCCGGUCCAUGAAUGGGUUUCCAGUACGAUGCGUUCUGACCACGGGGGUGCCCGGAAUCGGAAACUCUGUGGCGGUCCAGAAGUUCAUGCUGGAUUGGGCAGAGGGUCGGGCUAAUUUCGACAUUCAGUUUGUGUUCCCGUUUCCGUUCCGGGAGAUGCAGUCGCUGAGGGAGCGGAACAUAGUUGAGAAGAAAGACAUCAGUAUGUUGGAGCUACUGCAGACGUAUCACAACGAGACACGCUCCAUGGACUUUCUGGAGCAGCCAGACUGCAAGGUGCUGUUUGUCAUGGACGGGAUCGACAUCUACCAAGGAAAUCUCGAUUUCAAGAACACUCCUGUUGUAACUGACAUUGAGGCUGUUAUUCCCCUGGACUCCCUGUUGGUAAAUCUGAUCCGAGGCUCUCUGCUGCCGCAGGCCCUCUUGUGGCUGACUGGGAGACGUGCAGCUACCAAUCAGAUACCUCCUGAGUACAUCCACCGUGUCACUGAGAUACAGGGCUACAGUGACGAGCAGAAGGAUAACUAUCUGACCAUGCGUUACUCGGACAAGUCUCUGGCUGCUAAGAUCAUCAGACACACCAAGCACUCCCCCACUAUCUACACCCUGUGUCAUAUUCCCUUCUGCUGCUGGAUGGUUGCCAUGGUGUAUGAGAGGGGUUUCCGUAACCACGAUGACUACGGAGACAAGCCCCCCAAGAUUACAUCCUUCUUCAUCCACUACAUGAUCAUCCAGAACAACCGCAAGCUGGAGAAAUACUACGGGCAAAACCCCAACUCACAGAAAUGGACGGAAAUGGACAAAGUGUUCAUGUUGAAGCUGGGUCGCCUGGCUCUGAAGCUGUUGGAUAGUAACCGCUCUGUGUUCUAUGAAGAGGACCUGAAUGAGCACAGUCUGCUGGUGAAGGAGGUGGCCUGGUAUUCGGGUCUGUGCACUGAGCUUCCCAGGGCGAAUGCCAAAGACAAGCGGGUCUUCUGCUUCACACACCUGAGCUUCCUGGAGUUCAUGGCUGCACAUUAUGUAUGGCUCACCUUCCGUCUGGAGGAGCGGAACGUUCUAGACCAGUCCCACCGCGUCUCCAAGCUGUUCAAGGAGCACACUCUGGUGGACAUGUACCGCAAAGCCGUUGACCGUUACCUCAGUGCUCCUGUCGGCCAGUACGACCUGUUCCUGCGCUUCCUGUGCGGCUUGUCCACGACGCUCAAUGACGGCCUGCUCCGAGGGAUGCUGUUCCCCCAUAACGCCCCUCUACUGAAAGGUCUGGAGGACGUGGUCAGGCUGCUGACCAAGAGGAAGGACAGCGCAGGGUCAGAGAGACAGACCAACCUUAGCGAAUGCCUCAGGGAGCUGGAAACGUCUGAGGACUGAACAGUCUCCUGCUGUUAGCAAACAUGUUUGAUCAUUUGUCUCUGAUGCACUGAACUCUGUGUUGUAAAAUGAAAGGUAAUGUGACUAAAGUAUUGGUGUAGUCUCAGUGCCCCGCUGAAGCCAAAACGCUGAACAUUCAGUGUGUCUCAUCCAACUAGCAGACAGACCGAGAGAAAGAGAAGGCAUAAAUCACAAAUGUGUCUUACCAGAAAGAGUUAAUCAUUGUGUCUGAACAAACUCCGUGACUGUGCUGAGUCUGUAAGGACUAAUGUAUAAGCCAUUAACUAGCAGUCAAGAUGAGGACCACGGUGCUUGUUAGACUUGUGUGGCCAUACAGCCUGUUCAUCCUCUACUGAACAACAUGACACACUGGAGGACGGAUGCAGACAGUAGGGACCCUAGCUACAGAAUCUGUCAUGUAUUGCUUCUCCAUCACUGACACUAGCCAGUUAUACUUUCAGUCGUAGUACAAGAAGAAUCAGUUAUUUAGUUAACAUUUUCAUUAUUCCUUUAAUUAACACACUUGAUGGAAAGGGAGUGUUUAUAUGUGCACACCUUUAUGAGUGUUUAAAUGACAUGUCUGUGUGUGUGUUUUGUGGUUUGGGUAUUGGGGUGAAAGGUGUACAGUAGAGCUGGGAGAUAGGAAAAAACAUAAUUCAGACAGUUAUUGUGAUAUGGAUAAUCUGAUAAUGAUGAAUUGAACCCUGUUUAUUCAUGUGCACCAGUUAUUUCUUUAGAUUACGCUUAGCAUGGCUGACCCCAAUUAGUCGACUAUUUGGUUGUUAAGCUGUUGUAGACUGAGAUUUGUUUUCGUUGAGCAGUAAUAUAUAUAUAUAUAUAUAUAUAUAUAUAUAUUUGCACCUAUCCCAGUGAACUAAUCCAUUGCUGAGGCCUAGACCAAAAGCCCAUUUAUGCUUGAUUCAAAAAGGUGGUGGAGCCUCCAGAGGCCAAAUCGAGCUCUAUACCGCUUCACUAUGCCCUUCCCAAAUGUUGUAACAAUGUGGAGGGCUCUGUCUAGCUCCACGAUGACAUGAUUGGUUGACGGUAGGUGAGGGUGGUACAUCCUGUAUAAACACACUCCCUUGACAACAGCUCUGCACUACUCCGCAAGGAGUAUGAAUUCCUGACUUCUGCCGAGGCCGUUCUUACCCUGCAUUCUGCUGAGGCCGUUCUCGCCCUGACUUCUGCUGAGGCCGUUCUUACCCUGCAUUCUGCUGAGGCCGUUCUCGCCCUGACUUCUGCUGAGGCCGUUCUCGCCCUGACUUCUGCCGAGGCCGUUCUCGCCCUGACUUCUGCCGAGGCCGUUCUCGCCCUGACUUCUGCCGAGGCCGUUCUCGCCCUGACUUCUGCCGAGGCCGUAUCACCGUAAAUGCUGCAUGGCCAAUGCAGACGUCAGAUUGACCAUGCACCCAGAUGGACAAUGCACUUCUCUCUCCACAAUGCACUUCUCUCCUGCCAAUUUGUGCACAUUCAUUGUUUCAUAACUUCAUUGUGUGAAUUGUUUGGGUUUGAUUGUUAGUGUAUAUCACUUCCCCAUAUCACCAGCAGUAUGUUUACUGUUAAUUCCUAUGAUUUCUAAUCCACAAUGUUUGUUACUUUGAUUACGGUAAUUAUUUUAAUGCAUUGAAUAUUAUUCCGCUAUUCCUGUUCUCAUUGUCGGAGUGGACACAUUGUUUACAGAGUGCACAACCUAUGCUACACUUGUGAGAAUUUUUGGGGGGUUUAUUUCAGUCCAUUUAUGAGUUUUGUUAAUUCAA